UGAAUCCAACGUUCUCACGCGUCAGACGCAAAAAAUACUUUGGUCAGUGUUGUGGGAACGUAUCGAGUUUUGUACCGCAGAGGAAUUCUUAUCGAAAAAUUUAAACACAUAAUUGUGUACCAUCUUAAUUUAUCGUUAAUUUAUCUAUAAAAUUCGGAAAUAAACGCGGAAUUGAUUUGUUCAUCGUGUCACGUAAAGUUUAUAUUUUCGUAAAGAUAAACGUGACGAUUUGCGAUUUACACGUUCAAAUAAGCACGUAUGACGCAAGUUUAUACCGAGUGACGCAAAAGUUGUGUUCGAUCUAAAGAAUUUCUGAAGUAACGUGCAUUUUUUUUAUCUUAUCGCAUCAAUUUAGUUUUGUGUAAAAUUAAAAAAUCUUUUAAAUUGAUUGAGUCGAAUUAAUCUUCUAUAUUCAAAUCAUCAUUCGCUGUUCGAUAUUUUAUAAUCGUCAACUUUUCAUUGCACGCAAGCUGAUAUGUAUGCGCGUUAGUUAAUAACAUUCGGAGGAUCAUCUGGAUCGAGCUUUGUGUAUACCGACAUUUAAACCCAAUUUUGUUCGAAUAGUUGACAAAUUUUAUGAUGUUUUUUAUGCUCGAUGUGUGAGUGUUUGUAUGUGUAUAACCUAUUACACGACUAAGGAUUUUUUUAUGCGAGUUCUUUCUCUGUCACACUCGAAUUUUGUCGACAUGAACAAGUGAGGUUAUUCUCCCGUCAGCGAUAAAGUCAGAGAAGACGUUUAUAUUUUUUUUACUCGUCAGUUAUGUGUUACUGAAAGCGUUUGAUAAAAAAAAAAAAAAAACUCGUGUUAUCUCACGAUGGAAUUGGCGAAAGAAAUCAUCAGCGGUCUAGCGAAUAUUCAGAACAACAACAUUUUGCCAGAGGAAACGUUUAUACAAUUAUUAGAUAUUAUUAUGUGUUACAUUUGCAAGAACGGAACCGAUGCGAAAAGUGUUUCAGCUGUGUAUCCGUCCAAGUCGGACUUGGUGAAAAGCGCUGUUGUCAAUAUCUCCUGCCUCUUCAUAGAGGCUGCCAGGCACGAUUAUGAUGAGGAGAGCUUGAAGAAUUUCCUUCACAACGAAUAUAUUAACGGACAAAGGAUCGAAAAGCUGUGCGGUACUUAUAUAAGAAAUAAGCAAGAUAUUCAAACUCAUUUAGAAUUGAUAGGAGAUAGUAUACCGCAUAUAGUGGACACAGAUUGGCGUCUACAUCACUGUGUCAAGGUCAGCACUGGUCGUUCCAUCUGCAUGCCGAUUUACAAUAUACAAUUAUGUACAAAGAAAUGCAAUAAAAUAAACUAUGUAACGUUCACAUGCACUGUACAACAACUACAAGACUUAGUGUACAAAUUAAAAGAUAUUGUUAGACAUAUUGACAAAAUGUCUAAUAUGUAAAUGUACAUAAAAAAAUUAAUAUUAUGUGUAUAAUUAUAUAUAUUUAAUAUAAAUACUUGAAAUAUUUAUUAUUUUAAACAUACGUAAUUAAUGUACAUACAUGGGCUAGUUGAUCAAAUCUCCAGAUAGUGUUUUAUGUAUAACUGCAACAAAAAAUAUGUAUUUUUUGUAGUCAAAUUUUUCCAAGAGGACUGAAUUUUGUUAUAAAAUGUUGGGAUUUGAAAUAAAAUUUAAAUCUACUUACUCUA